GAGGGGAAAAGUUCACAGUUCAGUCUUUAACCACAACGCACUGUACAGUGCUCAAUACACUCUCAGAAUCCCUCUCUCUCUCUUUCACACACACACACACACACUCUUUUUGCCGCAGAAGAUCAGGGAGACAGAACGUGGCUUUAUGCGCAAACAGAUGAUGGGCCCACGCUUCACUUUGCUCAUCGCUGCCCUCCUGUGGAGCCAAACAUCACCCUCCAGCGCAGGAAACAUCCUGGUGUAUCCACUGGAUGGCAGCCACUGGGUCAACAUGGACAUAGUUUUGCGCGAGCUCCAUCAGCGGGGCCACGAACUGACCGUGGUACGCUCCUCCACCAGUUGGUACAUUUCAGAAAACGCUUCUUACUACAAAUCUCUGACCGUCCAGGUCACCGAGUCACACUAUUUGGAGGAACCAGAGCUCAUGGCAAAGUUUUUGCUAAGGAACAUUGACAUUCAAAGAGGUAAAGGAUCAUUUCUGCAGUUUGUUGCCAUACAACAAGAGCUAAUCACCUUGCUGAAGGAAAAUAACAGGAUAAGUUGCGAGAUGUUAAGGAUCAUUCUGGAGAAUAAAGCACUGGUAAAAAAGCUUCGGGACGCCAAAUACGAUCUGAUCCUUACCGAUCCUGGUUUUGGAGGCGGAGUCGUGCUGGGGUCAUACCUGUGUCUUCCGAUGGUGUUCAAUGUUCGCUGGAUAACACAUACAGAAGGACACUUUGCAAUCGCACCGUCACCCCUUUCCUACAUCCCGCCAGUUGGUUCCAAAUUGACCGAUCAAAUGAGCUUCACGGACAGACUGAAGAGCCUACUGCAUUAUUGUAUCUCGGUGUACAUCGACCAUGCCAUUACUAGACCUGCGUAUCAGCGUAUCAUCAGCGAGUUUAUAGAUCCAGAAGCCAACAUUGUUUCCCUCAUCCAAGGUGCCGACCUGUGGCUCAUGCGAAUCGAUUUUGUGUUCGAGUUUCCACGGCCCACGAUGCCAAACGUCGUCUACAUCGGGGGAUUUCAGUGCAAACCUUCCAAGCCUUUGCCUGAUUAUCUGGAGAUGUUCAUGCAGUCUUCAGGAGAACACGGAGUCAUCAUCAUGUCUUUGGGAACGCUGCUUGGAAACAUGGGUCCUGAGUUAUCCGAGAUCUUCGCCUCUGCUUUUGCUCGUCUCCCGCAGAAGGUCAUCUGGAGACACACUGGACCGAAACCUUCCACCUUGGGCAACAACACGCUCAUUUUAGAUUGGUUCCCACAAAAUGAUCUUCUCGGACAUCCUAAGACGAAGGUUUUCAUAACACACGGUGGAACAAACAGUAUCUACGAGGCCAUCUAUCAUGGAGUUCCGAUGCUGGGAAUACCGCUGAUCUUCGAUCAGUUUGACAACGUGGUGCGCCUGAAAGCUAAAGGCAUAGCUGAAGUUUUGGAGGUGACAGAACUGGACGUUGACGCACUAACACGUUCUCUAAAAAACAUCCUGGACGACCAGCAGCCAUACAGAAGGAACAUGCGCAGGAUGUCGGAGAUACAUCGAGACACACCGCUGAAACCGAUGGACAGCGCCAUCUUCUGGUUGGAGUACAUCAUGAGGCAUAAAGGCGCGGCACAUUUGCGCACCGAGUCCUACAGGAUGCCGUGGUACGCUUACCACAAUGUGGACGUGCUUGCGUUACUUUUUGCUGUUUUUGCAGGUGCGGUAAUGCUUUUCAGUCUGACCUGUAGGCUCCUGUUUAAGAUCCUGAAAACAAAGAGAAAGCUCAAACGUCAGUAAAAGAUAUUUCCCAUCACAAACUAGUUCACCUGUAGGCUCCACUUUUCUGUAGGUUUACUUUUCUUUUUUUUUUAAUCCCAAAUCUAAUUUUGGGAUGCUGAUGGAAAUCUGUUUACUUUUAGAAAAACCUAACUUCACUGUUUGAAAAUCAGACCAGUUGUGCAAGUUUACCUACAGAUACAGAUUUGUACUUAAACGAAAUAAAAACAUUUCUCCACACA